UCUCCCUCGCUCGUUGGGCAGUCCCCCAUCGGCUCGAUUCCCCCAACCCAACAACCACCAUCCUCAAGCCGGCCGGCCGGCCGGCGCCGCGAGCAGUACGAAAUAGCGGGGGAUUCCCAUGGCGUCGAAGCAGAUGGAGGAGAUCCAGCGGAAGCUGGCCCUGCUCGCCUACCCGCGCGCCAAAGCCCCCGCGCAGUCCCUCCUCUUCGCCGGCGUCGAGCGCUACCGCCUCCUCGAAUGGCUCUUCUUCCGGCUCCUGGGCGACAGAUCGCCAUUCACGCAGCAGAACUGGCAGGGGGAUAGCCUCGACCGCGACGAGGAGAACAGUAGGAUCCAACACCUGGCCGAGAUUGCGAAUUUCCUGGGUAUCACGCCUUCAGUGGACACUGAGGCGAUUCAGGGUAGAGGCAGCUAUGAUGAGCGGGUGGAACUCCUCCGUCUAAUUGUUGACUUGGUGGAAGCUAGCUGCUAUGCCGAUAAUCCAGAAUGGAGUGUUGAUGAGCAGUUGGCAAAGGACGUACAGCUUGUAGAUUCAAUUGCAGAGAAACAGGCCCAAAUUUUUUCAGAGGAGUGCAAGCUUUUUCCUGCAGAUGUCCAAAUACAAUCGAUUUACCCCCUGCCUGAUAUAGCAGAACUGGAGUUGAAGCUCUCUGAGUAUACCAAAAAGAUGUCAAAUUUGCAGCAAAUGGUUCAGGAGCUGGCAUCUAAGUAUGACUACAAUCCGAAUGAAGACUAUGCUGAAACAGAGCUGAAGUUGCGGGAAUAUUUGCAAUCAUUUCUUGAAACAGUUAAAUCAUUCAAUAUGAUAUAUACUAAGGAAAUUCAUCCCUGGACCCACAUGAUGGAGGUGCCACAGUUGCAUGGGUUUGGUCCAGCUGCUAAUCGCUUGCUAGAGGCAUACAACACACUGUUAAAGUUCCUCGGAAAUUUGAGGAGCCUGCGAGAUUCAUAUUCUGCGAUGGCUGCGGGGUCACUUUCAAACUCAAAUGAGCCUUCGUCUGUCACAAAAAUUAUUUCAGACUGUGAAUCUGCGCUGACAUUCUUAAAUAACAGCCUCGCCAUCCUUUCAACUUCUGUGGCACGAGAGCAGGGUGAAACACUGUGAUUUUACGGUCCUCUCUGAUACCAAGACUGGACACCGUGGCACGUGUGUAUGCUUGUAGUUGUUCGGCUGUUUGCCUUUCGGUUUUGGUUGACUCGCCUUUGUUCCAAUUGUCGGAAUGUUAUUGUAUUUGUGUGUGCUGGUUGAUGUGUGGGCACUUGUAAGCUUUUGCUGAUCAUAUAUCUUCUAAUUCUGAAACUAUAGAUCCUUCUUUAGACACACUGAUUAAUUGCAUUGCUGCAUUCCUGCUAAAAUUGCAUGUAACAGUUUGUGGGUUGUGUGUCUUUGCACCUAA